AUGCGUCUCUCACAGGAAGCAUACGAUGAAGCUGUUACUUCGUACGUAGAAAACUUCGGAAUGGAUGCGACUACAGCCCAGAUUGAAGCUAGAGAGGAGUUUGCCUUGCAGGGCUUCGAUAUUUCAAGCAUUGCGACAAGCUUAUCACAAGUCAACUGCAAUACUUUCACAGCAGUUGUGCAAACUUUUCUGACUUCGAUCUGUCCUCUUGCUGAGAUAGAAGAUGAAACCUGGGGAAAUAGUGAAGAAGACAAGCUCACGUCUGCGAUCGUCUCAUUCGAAUCAUAUUUGUCAGAUCAGUCUGUUUUCCGUCCAAACAUCGUCGACUUCGCUUGCACUGCUGGUCAAAGAGAAAUCAUAGAAAUUCUUCUAAAAUUUUGCUGCAAAACAACUUUGGCUCAAACACUACGCGACCGCGCUCUAAAUUGUUUAACAGCGAUGAUGAUCAUACACGAGAACCGACGUCUAGUCUUGAAAAGUGCCGCAUUCCUCACUUUACUGGAAUGCCGAACGUUGUCGACUUCCUUGUGCUCUUUCUUAGCAAGUGUCACGAAGGAGCACGGUGAUGCGAAAAUAAUUUUGAUGAAGACCGAGCGCACGCUCACCAUCCUCACUGAAGCAUUUGGUGCCUCUGAUGUAGUCUUGAUGCGGGCGAUUUGUGAACUCUUCUCCGCGAUUUUAAUCGACGAUGACAGAGAGAGUUCAACAAGCAAUAAAUAUAGACAUGCGCUUAUAUUACACGAGCAUGGAUUGUUGGCGAAAGUUAAUGACGCUAUUCUCCAACAAGUACAGUCGAGUCAGCUUGAGACAUCUGUGGUCUUAUUCAAGCUAUUUUCUCACCUGUUGACAAGCGAGAAGAUAUGUAGGAGCGUGCCAGAAGAUGUUUUAAGUAGUUUACUGGCAAUAAUAUCUCGUCGAAGGGACGCAGUAUUACUGAACCAUUGCUGCAGAUGCGUUCGGCGCCUUAUAUUGUCCGACUCGCGCAAAGAAAUCCUGCUAAAGUUCGACGUUAUCAAAACUUUUGUCUCCUUAAUGACGUGCGAAGUAAGUUCAGUGCGUGAGAACUCGAUCAGUAUUUUGGCGGCUUUGGCGCUUCGGAAUGUAGAAGUUUCUAAUGAAUUGAGAGCAAAUGGUGGGGUCGAUCAGCUGUUAGAGUUGAUGCCACAGGAAACUUGUGGUAAAGUUCUUCGUCAAUGCUGUAUUCUCAUCAGGAAUAUUGCGGUUAGAAAUCAGGAUACCAGGGAUUAUCUCGUGGCCAAUAAUGUGACAGCUCAACUCCACGACCUGAAGGCUUUGCAUCCGAGGUCAUGUAUUGAUGUUGGAAGUGCGGCACUGCGCGAUUUAGGUUGCGAUGACUACGGUCGUGGCUGGGUGCCAAGAACAUUGGUCAUGGGCACAGAUGGAUCGAUUAUAAAUUCUAGUGACUUGAACUAG